AUGCCGAAUCUCGGUACGCUUCUCUCCUUCCCCAGCAACAAUGGCGCCGGCCCGUCGUCGACAAAGCAAAGAACGCCCAUCCCACCAUGCUCGUCGCACAUCCUCGUCACGGACACCAUCGACUCGCCAGCUCUCUUCGUCCUCGUACACUUUCUCAGAGCUGCGAAUGUCAUCAACAAAGCUAGUCGCUCCACGCUACCUCCAGCCAUCGCGGAUCGCAAGGGAAAAAGAAAAGCUCAUACCAAGGUGAUUUGGCUCGGCUGCAACUCGGACGGCCUCGUGCAUCUCAAGAACAUCACUCGCAAGUCGGCGGUGCAUCUCGACGAAGAGAUUCGAGAUGGGGCGUUCUGCUGGAUCGACAGCAGUGCUGCGGAAGAAAGUCUGGCAGGCGGCGUCGCUGCGAUGAACGUUCAGGAGGCAGGAUCGGCGGCGGAACAAGCGCUUCGCAAGCUGUACGUCAGGAUAGCUGAACAGCUCCAGGACGCAGCUCCGACAGAGGACCAGGAGGCAGACUGGACAUCGCGGAGCUUGGUAGUGAUCGAUGACCUGACCGCUCUAGCAUGGUCCCUGGAUCCUCACGACCCCUCCGGCCAGCCCAUCGACGUUGCUCGGCUGCUGACCACCUGGCUCAGCUCGGUGACAUCUCUUGCGACGAAGUAUCACGCAAGCGUCAUCACCCUCAUGCACUCCGAUGCGACUUCGAGCAGCAAGAAUGGCGCUUCGGAUCCCGUCGACGAGUGCUUGUUCAACAAUGUGCUGCAGAGAGCAGAUGUGUGGGUGGAAGUCAAGGAGCUUGCGAGCGGACGAGCGAGGGACUGCGAUGGCGAGAUUACGGUCCAUCCUCUGGUGCGGCCGUCGUUGGCGCGUGCACUGCCCGCAUCGAAUCGUGCUCCUCCAGCUAAAGGGCCGACAGCGACGCCGCCAUUGCAGGCGUUCGCGAUCGAAACACCCUGUCCAAACCGCGCCAAGGCUAUGCUGUAUCGCAUCGCACCCGAUGGACAAAGCGCGGCACUCGGCGGUGCAUCAGUCGGCUCCAAUACGGGUCGAGUCCAGGUCUGGGCUCGAGGCACAGGUCGAGGCUUCUUGUAA